GCAAGCGUCGCUGACGUCGCUUUUUCCUACUUCACUUGAACGCAGCUUCGGUUAGCACACUGCAGCAACAAUGGCUACUAGCUGUCAGAUAUGGAGACCGGACCGAGGACGGUGCUUCAAAACCUACGGAAUAAUUAUCGUUUUGUUCAUGGACCUGGCCUUACAGUGUGUUGACGGGUACCUGAGCUCUCCUCAUGUUGGCCAGGAGCCCCCCUACUCCAGAGAUGCCCAGCAUGGACCUGUCAUCACCAGCCCGGUGGUCCCUGCUGCAGCCUCAGUGACGCCUGCAGAUGAAGAGAGCUAUACUGCCAAGUGUCCCAGUGGGGGUUUGUGUAGUCGUCUGCCAGCUGAUUGCAUUCAGUGCAAUUAUCAACACAACUGCACCUACAGGAAACCAGCUACUUUCACCUGUAAACCCAAAAAAGGAGUUCACUGUAUAGGAGAGUCAGGACAUCCGCAAACCAACUUCUCUCUCUCCAUCAGCUGUCAGUUCUGCUGGCAGCUAGACCCAUCCGAGUACCGCUGCUCAAACUCUACCAACUGUAUGACCGUGUCCUGCCCACGCAAGCGCUACAAUGCCACCUGUGACGUGUUAGACCAUGUACAUUGUUUAGGUAAAAGACGCUUUCAGAAACGUUUAUUUUGUAAUUGGACUGGUGGAUACAAAUGGUCAACAGCAUUAGCACUCAGCAUCACGCUUGGUGGUUUUGGGGCAGAUCGGUUUUAUUUGGGCCAGUGGAGAGAAGGCCUGGGCAAACUGUUCAGCUUUGGAGGCCUGGGCAUUUGGACUUUGAUAGAUGUUCUUCUGAUAGGGGUUGGUUAUGUGGGACCAGCUGACGGUUCGCUCUACAUCUGAGGCAAAGCUCUGGAGACAUGGCUGGAUGGUUUGUGCCCCCUGCUUCACACUGCUUCACUCUCUAAGAUUGAAGAUCUGAGAUGCUGUGUUCUUAGCACGUCUGCCUGCCCAAGCUUGCUGUGCAACACGUCCUCAUCCCAUCUGCUAACAGGCAGGAAGUGUUUUCCUCAUUACAUCAACGAUGACUCUACCCACACAAUCAUCAGAUCAAUCCCAUCAUCCUGCAUCCAUCUCCUGUAAGGAUUGUGCAGAUGGAGCUGUGCAGGGGGAUGGAGAGACAGUAAUUAUGUCUCUCCGGUGGGUUUGACUUUACUGGUGGUUAGGCUCUGUCAUGCUGAUAUAUAGAUAGAUAGAUUGCUUUCACAGACAUACUGUCACCUUGUGUUGUUCCUCCCUUAUUGCAAGAUAAAUGCAUCAAUGGAGGGUCAAAUGGUAACCAUUGCUACAGAACCUUUUUUAUGGUGAUACGAAACACAGUAGAGAAGAUGAAAGGUAAUAUUUAUAUAAAAUAGCAUUAAUAUGCAGAAGGGAAACUGUCCUUUUUGACAACAGAUAGCUGUUCUUGGGGAUGAAUCCAGUGUCUUUUUUUUAAAUUUUAUUUCGUAUCUACAGUGAGUUGGCGGUGCAUAUCACAACUGUAAAAACAUCACCCUGAGGCCUAGAGAAAUAAUACAAUGACUUAAGUCAAAUGUUGGAAGAUGUUCACUGAUAAAGUUCAUAUGUUGUAUAAAAAGAAUAAGAGCUACCUUAUGUUCAAACAGCAACAAGAUCUGGUUAUACAACAUUGCAACACCUUAAAUGUUUUUGCACUAAUGAGUUGUGGUUACUUUUGGUUUCCCGUGUUGGCGAUAUUGGAGAUAUCCUGUUAUCAACUGGUCUUUUAUUCUCUAACUCAUUCAUUUUUCACAUUGUAAAAAACAAAUAUCUAUGUACUAACACUGUAAGAUUUGUGUGGCACAAACGGGCUCACCUCUCACUUCAUGUAAAUAUGUUUUCAGUGUCAGGUCAUCUUAAUCUGUUGGAACACUGUAAAUGACAUUUUUUAAGUUAUGUAAAUAAAAUUGUUAAAUAUA